AUGAUUGCUACCACUUCCCAACCAUCUCUCACAAAUACUGCUACCAGUAAUAAUAAUAAUACAGAGAUGGAACAACAUCUCAAUGAUUCUCUCAAUACUUCCACUACUAUCAAUACUGAUAACAUUCAAGAUUUUGACUUUAUCAUUACUGAUCCUGAUGUAAAGAUGCAAUUCAAAAAGUCUAGAGACUAUAACUUUAUUCCAUCUUUCCCAAAGGUUUUGUACACUCUCACUUGGAAGCACAAGUAUGAUCUCAAGAUUUCAUCAGAGAAACCAAUAUUCCAAGGAGUUCCUCAGAAGCUUAUGAUGUCUCAAAUCAAGAUUGAACUGGUAAUGGGAAGAGACUUUUCAACACCAUCCUAUGAUCAUUCAAAGGUUAGACAAAGGGAUAGAACCGUCAAUGAAGAAUCUAGAAAGAAACGUCCACAUAGAAAACCAAACGAAUCAGAGACUACUACAUUGACCUCUGUCUCCAAAGAAAAUGAUUAUUCCAUAGUUGUUAGAUUUGGUAUCAAUAGAACAUUCUGCUCCAAGAGAUUUAACUAUGCACCUUUCAGAUUGAGAUUGGAUUUCGAAUCUGACAAGAAUCCAUUCACUCUAUUCACUCCAAUAUUCCAUACGUUUGCUAAAAAGCUGACUGGAUUCACAGUAGUUAAUGUAAAUGAAAUUCUAAAGAAGAAUGGCGAAGCAUUGUUACCAGUUGAAAAUACAGAUGAAGUUUGUACAGAUCUCGUUGGUGUUUAUAGACCAUCUAUCCCUGUUGAGUAUGGAGAUCAAAGUGAGCAAGGUGAAUCCGUUGCCUCAUCCUCAAGAACUGGCGCAUCAUCAAAGGAUGCCUCAGAACCAGAAGCCACCAAUGAAGAUGCCAACCUCCUAUUGUCUCUCGGAGGGUUGCUUUAA